GCUAGACGGCCAGAAGUGGCUUCACUCCCAGACGUAGGUACGGUGGGAAGAGCGGAUUGAAGCAAAAAGUUUGCAAGCCGCAAGCGCAGCGGCAAAGCUUGCAGAAAAGGUUUGCUUACCUCAGUGACAGAGGGUAGUCAGACUCAAGUCAAAUUGAUUGAGUUUGAGUCUUUCUUGAAUUGGCUGGAUUCAACAGAUUCUUCUGAGAGCAAGCCACAAUGCCAGCAGCCUACGAGACCGCGGACGAUGAGGGCGACUUUGCCCCAAUCUCCAACCCCUUGCCUCCACCUCCUCGGCCAGGCGACAGCAAGCCGCCUGCGGAGGAGGAAAGGCCGCUCUCCAAUGACGACUUCAGACGGAUGGUGGCGGAGACGCCUAGGAGGGGGGAAGACAAGGCGGGCAAACACAAAAACCAAAGGAGAACAAGCGGCGAUGGAGAGAAACCCAAGAAGAAGUGGCAGCCAAAGCCGAAGGAGGGCGAAGAAACUGGCGCCGGCACAGGAUCCGCCUACCGUGACCGGGCUAAAGAGCGUAGGGAGGAUCAGAACCCCGACUACGACGGAGCUUCCGCUGAGCUGGGGGGCCUUCACGCUGUUCCAGCCCCCGGCACCUUCUCAGACAUCCACACAUCGGACGCGCACAAGAUCUCAAUUGAGAACUCCAAGUACCUUGGAGGAGAUGUGGAGCACACGCAUCUCGUGAAGGGGCUCGACUAUGCGCUGCUGCAGAAGGUGCGCAGUGAGCUGAAAAAGUCGCUGGAAGAGCAAGAAGAGGACGAGGACGAUGCGAAGGCUCGCGCCAAGGAGCACCGGCGAAAGGAAGCGGAAGAGAAGGCGAUGAACAUCCGGACGGGCGUCGCUAAGUCGGUCUAUCAGUGGCUUAUCAAGCCGACCCGUAGCAAUCUCAGGGCGAGCGAGAUGUUUCUCCCAGGGCGGACGUCGUUCUUAUUUGAGCUGGAUGACGAGUUUGCGGCGGACAUCCCAACAACCCUUCACCGCAGCAAGGCUGAUUGCCCCGCUCCUCAGGAUCUACUGGAUGCGAGCGUGGACGCGCUGCUGCUGGACCGCAUUUCGCGCGUCAUGUCGUACCUGCGGCUCGGGUCGUCCGCCAAGGGGCUGAAAAAGCUCAAGAAGCGGGACAGGGACCUCGUCAGACCCACCGGCGUGGCCGAGCUUCGCGCCUCCGCCCGCGAUUCCGAGGAGCCGUCUCCUCGCACCGACACGAACAACCACGCCAAACCCCCCAAACCCUCGCUCGCCGACGAUGACGACAUCUUCGAGGACGCCGGCCGGGAGUACACCCUAGAAGUUCCCGAGAAAGGCGGAAGCGCAAAAGGGGGGGAGGGGCAAGAAAACGGGGACCGCGGGUCGUACUUUGCGGAGCCGGGAAAGCCGGCCCCCCAGCCGGAGGAAGCGCUGCUGCCGCCGCCGCCCCCCCCUCCGGACGCAGGCGCGGUACCCCCCCAGUACGGGGAUCACGGCCCGCAGGCGCCUCCGGGGGGUUACGAUGGGAUGGCUUACCCGGAAGUGGGGCAAGGGUACUACCAAGGGUACCCCCCUGCGGAGAUGUAUCCGCAGCCAGCAGAUUACCAAUACGGGCCGGUCCCCGGCGCAGCUUACCCGCCCCAGGGGGAUGGCUAUGGCUACGAAGCCUACCCAGAAGCACCUCCCGUUCCCGUGGAAGAUCUGGGCCCCCAACCGUUAACUCAGGCGGACAAAGACAAGGGCGCGGCGUCCGUUUUCCGAAGAGAUGACGCCAGCCUGCGUCAGCGGGACCGCGAUGAGCGGGAGAAGGACCCCGGGUUCGUGUCAGACACGUACGCGGAGUGCUAUCCAGGCUACGGGGAGUACAACCACGAGGUGCUGGAGGGCAGCGACGAGGAGGAGGACAAGUCCAAGAUGGACUUGGGCGCCAAGGGCGAGAAGCGGUUGCAGCGGUACGACUUCGAAACGCAGGAGGAAUACGACCGGUACCAUCUAGAGCGGGAAGCAACGCCAAAGGCCGCGUUCCAGUUCGGGGUAAAAACGGCCGACGGGCGCAAGACGAGAAAGACGCAAAGCAAGGAGCAGAAGUUGAACAACGAGCUGCACAGGAUAGAAAAGAUGAUCAGUGCGAAGAAGGACGCGCGGAGCAAGGGAGAGGAAGGAGGGGAGUUUGUGAGGUACGGGGAGGAUGAGGAGGGCCCGGGGAAGAAGCAGCGGACUGGGUACUAAAAGCAGCUAGGCAACGUAUAGUUGGUCUUAUGCAUGCCACGCCCUGCUUGAACACGAGGCAUAUUCCUUUUGGCCGGCCGACCUGCGGGUUCAUUUUCAUAAACUUUUUAGGUCUCUUUAGGGUUGACAAGGUCUGCGUCAAUCCGCAGAUACUGCCGCUGGAGGGCGGGUGUCAGUUCCAUCAUCGAUUGGCAUUGGCACUUUAGUGACGCUAUGUUACAGAAGGUUGUAAUUCUUAUAAUUGCGGCUUGUAUACGGCUAUGGCUGCGCGCAUGAGCUUGGAUACAAGAUGCGGUGUAUCCA